CAACGCAACGAGAUGAGAGGAAGCCUCGAGAUGGAGGCAGGGGGGUAAUUUAACGCAAAAUAACAAGUUUUCAGAUCAUUUGGAGACAGUUGACAUUUCAUUUUCAGAAAGAGAAUACAACAGUCUCCACAACGAAGAGUCGUGUAUUAAAUUUAGAUAUAUAGACAGUCAGCACCGGAUAUUUUGGGUGUUGAAAAACUGUCACCAUGGCAACGGAUAUCGGCUCUCCUCCCCGGUUCUUCCAUAUGCCUCGGUUUCAACACCAGGCACCUCGGCAGCUCUUCUACAAGAGGCCAGACUUUGCGCAGCAGCAGGCCAUGCAGCAGUUAACUUUCGAUGGCAAGCGCAUGAGAAAAGCUGUUAACCGCAAGACCAUCGAUUAUAAUCCUUCUGUCAUCAGACAUUUGGAGAGUCGAUUGUGGCAGCGAGAUCACAGAGAUUUCCGUGCUAUUCAGCCAGAUGCAGGCUGCUACAAUGAUCUUGUACCUCCAAUUGGUAUGGUUAGUAACCCUAUGAAUGCCGUUACGACAAAGUUUGUCAGAACCUCCACCAACAAAGUCAAGUGCCCCGUGUUUGUUGUGCGGUGGACUCCUGAAGGCAGGCGACUUGUAACGGGUGCCUCCAGUGGGGAGUUUACUUUGUGGAAUGGGCUCACCUUUAACUUUGAGACAAUUCUGCAGGCGCAUGAUAGCCCUGUUAGGGCAAUGACCUGGUCUCACAAUGACAUGUGGAUGUUGACUGCUGACCAUGGAGGUUACGUGAAGUACUGGCAGUCCAACAUGAAUAACGUCAAGAUGUUCCAGGCUCACAAGGAGGCGAUUAGAGAGGCCAGUUUUUCUCCUACGGAUAAUAAAUUUGCCACUUGCUCUGAUGAUGGAACUGUACGCAUCUGGGAUUUUCUGCGCUGUCACGAGGAAAGAAUUCUGAGAGGUCAUGGAGCAGAUGUCAAGUGUGUUGACUGGCACCCCACUAAGGGCUUAGUGGUGUCUGGGAGCAAAGACAGCCAACAACCCAUAAAAUUCUGGGACCCUAAGACAGGACAGAGUUUGGCAACACUACACGCACACAAAAACACAGUCAUGGAGGUAAAGUGGAACCUUAAUGGCAACUGGUUGUUGACUGCAUCACGUGACCAUUUAUGCAAACUGUUUGACAUACGCAACCUCAAAGAGGAGCUGCAGGUUUUUAGAGGACACAAGAAAGAAGCCACAGCUGUGGCCUGGCACCCGGUUCAUGAAGGUCUGUUUGCCAGUGGAGGCUCUGAUGGAUCACUGCUAUUCUGGCAUACAGGUGUCGAGAAAGAGGUGGGAGGAAUGGAGAUGGCUCAUGAAGGAAUGAUCUGGAGUCUGGCCUGGCAUCCACUUGGCCACAUUUUGUGUUCGGGGUCUAAUGACCACACUAGCAAAUUUUGGACCAGGAAUCGGCCGGGUGACAAGAUGCGUGAUAGAUACAAUCUGAACUUGUUGCCAGGGAUGUCAGAGGAUGGGAUGGAGUAUGAUGACUUGGAGCCCAAUAGUAUUGCAGCCAUUCCUGGCAUGGGAAUCCCAGAACAACUGAAGGCUGCCAUGGAACAAGAACAAACGGGUAAAGAGAUGGCAACAGAAGCUGAAAUGAGCAUCCCAGGACUGGACUGGGGAAUGGACGAAGUCAUGCAGAAGGACCUAAAAAAGGCCCCAACCAAGAAAGUUCCUUAUGCAAAACCUAUUCCAGCUCAGUUUCAGCAGGCCUGGGCAGAAAAUAAAGUUCCAGCUAUGGCUCCCGGAGAGGUUCCAAAGGAGAGGAAGGAUGAGAAAAAAUUGGAUGGCAAGAAAAAGACUCAAGCAGAGAUUGAGCAAGAAAUGGCUGCCCUUCAGUAUACAAACCCUAUGCUGCUGGAGCAACUAAAGAUUGAAAGAAUGGCACAGUUACAGGAGCAGGGAAUGCCUCCUCCUGGACAGUCAGGGCCGAUGCCUCCCUUUCCGGGGCAGGGUGGUCCAAUGCCCCCUCCUCCACAGGGCUUCCCUCAGUCGAUGCCACCCCAACAAAUGCCCCACAACAUGCCUCCAGCAGGCCCAGGUGGAAUGCCUGGUCCAUUUAUACCUCCAGGCCAAAUGGGUCCACCAGGACCCCCUAUGCACCAGGGCCCCCCACCACAAGGCAUGAUGGGACCCCCAGACAUGCAUGGACCUCCACGUCAUCCUGGCCCUCACAGGAACAUGGGACCACAAGGUCCUCCUGGCAUGCCACCAGGCCCGAGAGGAAUGCAGGGUCCUCCUCCGGGGGGAAUGCCUCCAGGUUCUGGUGGACCCCCAGGUGGCAUGAUGGGCCCACCACCACGAGGACAGGGGCCACCACAGGGAGGUAUGAUGCAUCAGGAUAUAAGGGGGCCUGGGCCUCAUGGACACAUGAAGGGCCCUCAGGGUCCAAUGCCAGGUGGUAUGAUGGGACCUCCACCCAGGACUCAUGGCAAUAUGCAGGGCAUGGGAAAUAUGCAUGGGAUGGGGCCUCCUCCAGUGGGCAUGCAUGGACCACCAAACAACAUGCAAGGUCCCCCAGGAAACAUGCAAGGCAAUAUGCAGGGCCCUCCACCGUACAUGCAAGGCAAACCGCCACACAUGGGUGAAGGAAACAGAGGACAGUUCAAUCAGGGGCAAAAUUCUGGACCUCAGUCGAUGAUGCAUGGAAUGGGACAGCAAGGCCCCAAUGAUGGACCUCGAGGUCCACCUAACCAUCAUAUGGGCCCCCCACCAGAGCGACAAGGCCCAGGAGGACCAGGUCAGGGCUCAGAUGGGGGUCAGUACUGGGGUGAAGAGGGAGGUUACCAAGAAGGAUGGAGAAGAGGUCCUGGACAGGAAUACCAAGGAGACCCCAGGAGCCACAGAGGAGGCCCUGGAAACCAAUGGGAGGAACAGGACGAUGAAGAGUACGAAGGGUAUGAUGGGUAUGAAGACUCUGGUGAGGAAUUUGACCAAAGGCAGAGACGGCCACCCCCACAUGGAGAUGAGACAUUCAGAAGGGGUGGCAUGAGCGGGCGUGGUGGAAUGGGGGGCUUCCAAGAAGAAUAUGGUGGAGAUGAAAGCUUUGAUUCCCAAGAAGAAAUGGGCCAAGGUUGGAGAGGAAGAGGGAGACCACGUGGCGGGCCACCAAGAGGAGGUGGUGUAGGAAGAACGGGGCUUCUCCCAACUCCUGAUGAUUAUCCCUCUCACUAUGAAGGAGGAAGAAACCAGGAGGGCUGGGAGGGAGGGCGAGAUUCAGGUCACGAUGGCUAUCGGGAUGGUCAGCGGCCAGAUCACAAUAUGCAUGACAGUCCCUCCCCAGCCAGUAGGGAGCGUUCCUCUUCUCUACAGGGUAUGGAUAUGGCUUCACUACCACCACGCAAACGGCCGUGGCAUGAUGGCCCAGGCACAGGUGACAUGGAAUCUCCUGGCCCAGGACCCGAGGACAGAGGAGCAGGUCGACCAUCACCAAGAGAGGAAGGUGGAUAUGGGCCACCCCCAUCCCGUGGAGGACGAGGUGGUUGGGGCCGUGGUGGACCCCCUAACAGGCCUCCACGUGGUGUUAUGAGGGGAGGUCGCGGGCGGUAGGAGUGGUCACACGCACAAUGGGACAAUAAAGCAACUGCUAUGACCACAAGGACGAAAAGAACCACACAUGGCCAUAAUAUCAGCUUCUUCGAAGGCGUACUCAUUUAUGCAGGCUUGGACACAGGCACAUCAACAAGUGGAUCUCUUUGCUAACCAUUUAUGCCAACUAUAAUUGUUGGCAUUGGUUUUUCACUUUGACUUGUUGGACAGAAGGUGGUGGUUUCAUCGCUGGUGAACAAAACAAUGUCCUUCGGUGCAUAAUGCCCCUUGCUACCUGCUGAUCUGAUUUUGGACUUUCAUGUAUUUAAGGUACAUGAAACUUGUUUUCACCUCAAAUCCACGGACACAGUUAGUGAUAAGGAUAAAGACUGAUGUCAAGAGGGGGCUCAUCAUGGUGUGAUGUGGUCCAGGAAACUUAUUUGUGAUGCAUGGUACAACUCGAUGUAGGAACUAUAAGAAACAUCCCUUCCCAAAUAUCACAUCGGCACUAAGCAACUGAACCGCUUUAUGAUUUACUUGAACAAUGGCAACCUUCAGUGAAUUUGUACCAGCAUCUGACACCCUUUUGUCUUUUCCAUGACUCUGAUGUAAAGAAAACACAAGUAACUUGUCUAUUAUCAAGAGUCAAAUCUUGUCAUCCAACAGCUGGAAGUCAAUUUAAGUAAGGGCCAAUGCAAACUGGCAUCAUGUUUGACAACUAAGUCUGUUAUGGGAGAGAACUGGACUCUUGAAUGUUUUGUUCCGGAGUGGCUCAGCGCCAUAUAUUUAAUUUCAUUUUAUAUGUAAGAUAAUGGAGAUCUUUCUGUAACAUUACCAGGCUACUCUACGCGACGAGGCUGCAGACUUUGUUUCUAUGUGUACAGUUUGUCACAAUAAAUGUAUUGUUUUGUCCUUUUUGUAUGAAACCAAAAUAGAAUCUGUGCAAAAUUUA